AUGGGCGCAGCCAUUUUUGUUUUUAUUUGAUUCGUUUCGUAAAUGAUAAUUCGUAAUAUCAUUGUCAGUCGUUAAUGUAAAUCAAAAUGGAGAUGCAGGUGCACGUAUUCUUCAUUAAACUUUAAAAUAUAAUGAAGAACGGAUUAUAUUGCGAUUUAUAUGACAAUUUAUUUUGAUGGCAACCACUCAAAAUGAUGAGGAACAAAUAAGAUUAAUAGAAUGUCCAAUAUGUGAUCAUAAAGCGAAGCAGCAAGUAAACUCUCCUCCAAGAACAAUCUGUCCAAAAUGUGGAAACUUUUAUGUGGACUCUGGGGAAGGACCUCCUCCGCCCAGAAGGCUAGCAAGAGAAAGACAAGAAAGAAAAAAUAUUCCUGAAAAUGAGGAAAGAAACAAACAGGGAGGAAGACUUCAGACAAUUUCUAAUUUCUUUCAAAACUUAGGAUCUAAUAAGAAAGGAAAAAAUAAAACUGAAAAACCGUACAACUCUGCACGAUCUCAACCUAGUUCAUCUAUGUCUGAAGAUAGCAGUUCAGAGUUACCUCCCAUAACAAAUGGACAGAUGAUUAACCAGAAAAGAUCCCCAAACUUUCAACUUUCUUUAACAUCGAAAAGCAGAGAAUCGUUAAGUCCAAGGUCAUUAAGAUCAGACAAGGCUACAUUAAGUCCACAGAACAGACAUAUUUAUCCAGUGAGAACAAAAAAUAUUGACCAGUUCUUGGAUGAUAUAAAGAAUGCCAAAGAAAAAGAUAACUGGAAGAUUGUUCAAGAUUUUUAUUCUACGACGUUUGAUUCAUUCAUGGAGAUUAAUGCAGUUUUCAAGAGAGAUCCAGGAAAAGAGUACAAAUCAACUGAAGACCCUGGACUCAAAAUGGAUUUUGUACAAAUUGUAUUUGACAAUCUGCUAGAUACACCUCAGGAAAUACAGAAAGCAACACUGAAAGCUACCAUCAACAGUUUGUUAAAAGAUAAAAGGAAUCAAGAAUCUGGGAAUGGAAUGAUCAGGCCUCACACAAAAGAUGAUUUACGAGCUUACUUAGUAUUGAUGCAGAAUCCUCAGUUUGAGAGUGCCUCUACAUAUGUAAUAUUUGCUCACAUGUUACGACAGAUUGCAGCCUUGAACGAUCAUGAUCACCAUUUUCUUGUUCAUUGGAUCAGAAGGCUGAAAUCUGUUCCAGUUAGGAAGCUUAUAAAACGUCUCCAUAGUUUCAUAUCAAUCCGUCUGUUCCCUCCUCGUCCGCAAGAUUUACCUCCUAUGCAAAAGUGUUCAUGGUGGGUCCCGAGUGCCACCAAAGUCAUGGCAUUAAUAAAUGCUGCCAAUAAUUUAUCUAGUCCUCCCCUGGUGCCAUUCUAUGAGUUUUACAACCCAACCCUAGAUCACUUAGAUCUGAUGGCUGAGUAUUAUACAUGGCAAAAUCCAAGCUCCUGUGCUGGAUUUUCCUUCUGUCAGUAUCCAUUCAUUUUAAGUAUUACAGCAAAGAGAACAAUUUUACAACGAGAUUCAGAACAACAAAUGAUUAUAAUGGCCAGGAGAAGUUUAGUGGCCAAGGUGCAACGACGGCAACUACCAGAUGUAGGGAUGUUGUUUCUGAACCUUAACAUUAGGAGAGCAUAUCUGGUCUCUGACUCUUUAAAUGAGAUUGCAGAGAAACAACAUGAUUUAAAAAAGAAACUGAAAGUUACAUUUGUUGGUGAACCCGGUCUUGAUAUGGGAGGACUAACUAAAGAAUGGUUUCUUCUCCUACUACGGCAAAUAUUCCAUUCUGAUUAUGGUAUGUUUACCUAUGACAAGAAGGCUGGUGUACAUUGGUUUAGUUCUGCUCAGUGUGAAACCUACCAAGAAUUUAACCUUGUAGGAGUUUUAAUGGGUUUAGCAGUUUACAAUAGUAUCAUACUGGACAUAAGAUUUCCUGCCUGUUGUUACAAGAAGUUGCUGAGCCCUGCUGUAGUACCAUAUAAUAACCCACGAGCUGUUGUAGGAGUCACACCAUUAACUGUAAAUGAUCUCAAAACCGUUCAACCAGAAGUAGCCAGUGGUUUGAAAGAUUUGUUGAUUUAUGAUGGUGAUGUGGAAGAUGAUUUUGGUUUAACCUUUCAGGUAUCUCAGUCUGAAUUUGGAUCUGUUAAAACUGUGGAAUUAAAGCCAGGUGGUGCUGAUAUAUCUGUCACUAAAGCCAAUAGGGAAGAAUAUGUACAGUUGUAUGUUGAUUGGGUUUUGAAUAGAUCAAUUUACCCACAAUUCCAAGCAUUUUACCAUGGUUUCCACAGUGUUUGUGCAUCAAAUGCAUUGAUUAUGUUGCGACCACAGGAAGUAGAAAUGUUAGUUUGUGGUAAUCCUAACCUAGAUAUGAAGGAAUUGAAGAAAGUAACAGUGUAUGAUGGGUACAGUAGUAACGAUCCUGCUAUCAAGAAUUUCUGGGACAUAUUAUUUAGCUUUCCAUUAGACUUACAGAAGAAGUUUUUAUUAUUUACCACUGGCAGUGACAGGAUACCUAUCGGUGGUAUGAGUGAAAUGCAGUUUAAAAUCUCCAGAGUUAGUGGCAGUGAUCUACUGCCCAUGGCACAUACCUGUUUUAACCAAUUAGUCCUACCAGGCUACAAAUCUAAAAAGUCUCUGAGACAGAAAUUGUUGACUGCUAUUGAGAAUGCUGAAGGAUUUGGACUUGAGUAAUCACUAGAGCGUGCUUGAGAAAAGUGAACUGUUAUGUCUUAAAUAAACUUGCUGGUCAAGUUGACAUUGUUAUGUUUGUAUUUGAUAUUUAUUUUGAGUGGAGAAGAAUCUAUGACAGUAUUAAUUGUAAUAUUACUGUAGACCAAGAAAUAGUCUUGGAAAUUUGUCAGGGUAUAGAGUCCUACCCAUUUUUCUCUUUCCGUCCUUUAAAAAUACUAUAAAUUGAGGUGAUAUUUCUUAUCAGGUGCCACAUUUUUUUGGUGGAAUUACAACCCUUAGACUUUUUUUGCUACAGUUAUCUAAAAAGCUCUAGUUUUUGUAACAUAGAGUGAGUGACCCAUAUUCGCCAAAUAAUUUGUUCAUUUCAACUUACAUCCAACCUAAAUUUGAAUAUUUGGAACUUUUUAUGUAGGUUUCAGAAAUUUUACUAUAUGACAAAAAGUGUUUGAUAAAGGAAUUAUGUUCAAAACAUUGGUUAAUUGUUUUAAAAAUUAAUGUAAACUCAGGAGGAAAUCAAGUUGUUCGUGUACCAUGGGGGACACAUUUUUCACCCGAUACAUGAUAUGACCAUCCUCUUUAUCUUAAUAUAUUAUAAAAACGUUUGUACAAUGUAAUUAAAUGAUUAAGCUUGAGAGAUCAUUCCUAUACAAUUUUUCACACGACUAUUUACUUAUAGACUUGAUUGCCAUAUAAAUCUAGCAUAAUAGCUAAGAAUUGUUUAAAAACACCUGCAUAUCUUUUUAUACUUGUGAAUAACCUUGGAAAUGGAGUAAAGAGGUAUAUCAACUGUUCAAACAUUACACACAGUCUUUACCAUCUAUUUAGGCAAGUCAUGGGUAAAAGCACUCAACUUUAAAGAAAAAAUUGCACAACGGCAAAAAUUUGUCCAUAGCCAAUAUGUGCCACCCACUCUAUCAAAAAUUAGUAAUUUUCGGAGGGAAAUGUGGAUAUCCAUACAAAUAGAGAUUCUUAUGCUGUUCUGUCAAAGAUUAUCACUAUUUAUACAGAAAUUUUGUAUGAAUUUUCACUAUGUUCAUGGAAGGUAUUUUGUCUUGACAAUUAUCAUAUUUUUAAAAUACUUUGUAGAAGGCUGUGAAAUGGGAGCCUUAAACAUGGAAAAGAUUUAACUGUCUCUUCUAGAACUGAAACCACUAACAAAACCUAACAUGAAAGUUUAUAUUUAAGUUGACUUUAAAAUUGUGUAAAUAUGCGAAAUUCAUGUGCACCACAAACUAAAAAAUGUAUUACCUGUGUCUAAAUGAUCCUCACUUCUCUUAUUAAUUGCUUUUUGUUUCUGCUAGACAAAGUCUAAAAAUCAUGACUUAUGUGAUCUGUUUUUGAAGCAGAUAGUUAAAUGAUAUAUAUGUGUAUGGUUUGCAGUUGCAUUAUUAUUGUCACAAGUUAGUUUGAUUCUAUGUCAAUACAGACUUUUAAAAUUGAUGCAAUGUAUGACCAUUUAUCUAUGUAAGUGAUGGUUUUAAUAACACCACAUCAAAAAUAUAUAUCAUUAACCUUAUCACACAUGAUCAUAUACAUCUAUCACAGCUGGUGAAGGUCUUUUAAGGUGGUACCUAACACUACAGGGAGAUAACUCUGUAAAAUCAGCUAAACGUUUAAAUUACAUUGCAUUGUAAAGAGAAUAUUAAGCUUCUCAGAGCUCAAAAUGAGUGUUUGUCAAACUGCCAUAUAACCAGUGUAAUUUAUCUUAUAAAACGGUUGGUUCAAAUUUUUGAUUUUUUUAUAUUUUUAUCAAAGGGUCAAAUUGAAUACUUCUUCAAAGUUUUAUGAAAAUUAAACGAGCCAAAUUAAUUUUAGUGCAGGUGUUGGGUACCAUCUUAAGGAAAGUGAGAUAAAGAAAGAAUUUUUUAUAAAAUUUUCACACCACAUUUACCCUGACAAUAUAGAUACAUUUUUUGAAGUUUGAUAUCAAAUAAUUAUCAAAGGUACCAGGGUUAUGAUUUAGUACGCCAGACAUGCGUUUCAGCUACAUAUCGAUAAGACUCAUCAGUUCAUAUCAAAAUGAAUCCAUAUAUGAAAUGAUAUUUUGUCGAAUCAUUGUUAAACAGGGUAAAAUAUUGAUAUAAAUACUGUUUAAAUAAAAAUAUUGCCAUGGUCUAUUUUUUUAAAACUAUAUUGCCCCUUGAAGAAAGUAUUUUUUUGCAUUUAUUAAUAUAACUACCUUAAGAUGACAGUGUUAUGAUAAAACAUUUCUAUUGGAAGUAUAGUUGCAAUAAAUUAUAAGGCAGUACAUGUACAGUUUCUGAUAAUCAUAUAUGAAAAAAAAUCAUAUAUUGCAAAGAAAAGAGAUAUAAAAUUUGGAACAAAUAAAAGUAUUGACCCACACCUGACUCUUAUUUGGAACUGUACUAACAAUUGUUGAUCCGUCCAUAUGAAUAGUCUGUGAUAUGUUUUAACAAUUUAUUUUAUGUUGAAUUUGUAUAAUCUAGUAAUAUCUCUUAUUUAUUUGUUUUUCAAUUGAUCACAUAUAUAAUAAUUUUAAAAGUGAUCGAUUGUUUUUUCUAUUACAAAACAUCUCAUUAUUUAAGAUUUCUUUAGAAUAUGUUGAAUAUUAGCUUUAACUAUAAUUGAUGUGCAUAUGUGGGCAUUCAUCCUUGGUUUACUAGUUAUAUGGUAUUUCUGAGGUAUUCAGAGACAAUCUAUUGUUUAAAAAUGUCAUAUUACAAAUUUGCAUUUACAUCUUCAAUUCUUGGUCUUUUUACUGACCAGUUAUUGUAAGGCUGUCUUAUAUGAAGAAAAAAAAUCAUGUUUUUUCUUUUUUUAUCACCUAUAAUGCUCUUCAUUUUAGGCCAAUGUUCAUAUAAAGAACAAGAACUAUAUUUUAUAGUAAAGUAUAGAAUAUACAUGGAAGUGCAGUAUUUUAAGCUACAAUAUCCUGAACACAAAUCUAUUGCUUGUCCUGUUUAAAGAAUAUCUUCAAUUUGUUAUUGAUAAUCUAAAAUAUUGUGCAGUUAACUCAUGAUUUCUAAUGACAAAUAUGUAACAGCAAGCCCUAUAAUGAACAAACUAUCAUUUUGUCAAAUAGUUGCAUUUUGUACACUGUUAUAAGCUUUUGGAAUAUUUUUUGCGUUGCAUUAUCUUUUUGGGGCUAAAAAGGCUCCAUUUCUAUAAUAACUAUCAUACUUCACAUUCCAAGUUAUGCUUGCAAAAAAUUCCAUUCUAUUUUUCAAUAUGUAUUGAUGAUUAUAUACUUUUUAAAAUAUCUCAAUGUAUAUGAGGCAGCUUCAUAUAUCAAGAGUAUCAACUAAAUUAUUUGAGUUUCAAAUGUAUCAUUUUGAUUUGAUGCCUAUAGCUUUGCACCUCAGAGAGUUUUCAAACAUCACUUAACAUUUCAUAUCUAAUAAAAUUGAGAAUGGAAAUUGGGAAUGUGUCAAAGAGACAACAACCCGACCAUAGAUAAAAACAACAGCAGAAGGUCACUAACAGGUCUUCAAUGUAGUGAGAAAUUAUUACAUACUGAAUUUAUUUAAAGUCUGUAUAUUGAUCACUAAUUAAUGCCAAUAUGAAUGAUACAGUUUCUGUAUGAUAAUGUCUACUUUAAUGAAAUUCUUCAGUUGUGAUAGACUACUUUCCAAUUAGUUCACUGUCUGUAAAUUUCCUAUGACACAAUUCUUUUUCUAGUAUAUCACAAAAAAUAUUGAUUGUUCUAUGACUUUAUUUACAUUGAUUGAUUUAAAAAUAUUUGAGUAAUAGUUUGACACAAAAAACAUUAUGUUUUUCUUAGGGAACUGUUUCAAACUUUGCCCAGCAAUCACCAUAUUUUUUUCAAUAGUAAAUGAUCAUAAAUGAAAAAUGUACACUGUUAUGCACUUUUGAAAUUAUUAUUAUUUCAUCAUAUUUUUUGUAUACAUUUGAUAAAAAUUGCAUUUAUUUUCCCCAUUCAUUUCAAGUGUAAUAAUGUCUAAAAAAAAAACACAAGUUUAGACAGACCUAUUUUGAUUGUCAUGAUUUUUCCCCAGAUUUGAUUAGGUCUAUAAUUAUUUUAUUUGAUCAUUGAUUCAAAUUCAUUUAUUUGUACACCAACUUAGGAAGUUUUCUCCUGCACAAAAUAUGAUAACAGUACAUAAAGAUUUUAUGUAUUAUCUAUUGAAAAAAGACUUCAUUAAUGACAAUGUUGAUAAUGUGACUUUCAGUAGAAAGCAUACUUAUACACUUGCAUCAAUUUGUCUAUUGAAGUAUAUAGAGUCGAACUAAUGAGGUAAAUUAA